AAGAUCUAUCUGGCUACUAUUUUUCCGUUAGACAAAAAAUACACACUAAUGGAAAUAAUAAGAUAAAAGAUGCAGAUGAAACUGAAGCAUUGGGACAAACUGUAUUAAAACUUAGUAACUAA